AUGGAUUAUAUGUGGAUUCGUGGCUCUACUCAGUACUAUUUCGAUUCUAAGAGAUCAAGUUUAUUGUUGAAUUCAUUUAUUCUAGGUGCAUUAUGUUAUGCUGAGAUCGGAACAGUAAUACCGCUGAGUGGUGCUGAAUUAGCCUACAUGAAAGAAGGUAAUUGUACAAUCAACUAUGGAACUGUUGAUCAAUCGAUCUGUAAUAUAGGAAUUGGAUCAGUUCAUGCUCGAACGGGUGAUAUACUUGCCUUUGUUUUCAGUUGGGCAAAUACAUUUAUUAUUCUACCAUCAACCGCUGCUAUUCUCACACUAACAUUUUCAACGUAUUUCCUUUCGGGAAUUAUGGAUAAUUGUGGUCCACCUGCUGAAUUAGUAAAAAUGACAGCUAUUUUUGCUAUUGUCGUUCUCGCUAAUGUCAAUGCGUUCAGUGUUACAGCAGCUAAUCGUCUAAACAUAGUGUUUACUCUGUGCAAAGUAGUGACAAUCUUGGUUAUUGUGACAGCUGGUCUUGUACGAAUUGGACAAGAAAAUUUGAAACAUUCUUUUCAUGGUACAACAAACAAACCGUUAAGAAUUGCCCUUGCCUUCUAUUCAGGACUCUGGGCUUAUAGUGGAUGGGGUAGCUUAACGACAGUAACAGAAGAACUGAAAAAUCCGAAAAAAAAUUUAUGGUUAUCAAUUGUCGUGGCUCUGCCAAUAGUGAUCGUUCUGUAUGUUCUUACCAAUAUAUCGUAUUUUACAGUAAUGACAAAAUCUGCAUUGCUCAGUUCAAACGCUGUUGCUAUGACGUGGGGUGAAGUGGUAUUAGGGUCAGUUGCUCGUGUAUUACCAAUAUUGAUAGCCUUGAGUGCAUUGGGUAGCGCAAAUGGAUUGACUUAUACGAGUGCUCGGUAUUGUAUGGUUAGUGCACGUUAUGGAUAUUUGCCAGAAAUAUUUUCGUAUAUACAAAAACAGCGAUUAACACCGUUGCCUGGUAUUAUAUUUCAGACGAUUCUUGCGAUAAUCUAUUGCAUUCCGAGUGAUAUUGAAGGUCUGAUCAAUUAUUUCAGUUUUGUGUCUUGGCUUUUCUGCGGAUUAACAUUUGUCGCUACACUUUGUUGCAAAUUCACAAAACGUGAUGUUCUUCGGUUGAUUAAGGUUCCUAUACCUCUGGUUAUAUUUAUUAUACUGAUAAGUAUUUAUCUUGUCAUCGCACCCGUUAUCUCCUAUCCGAAUAUUGGUUUUCUCAUUGCAUCUAUCAUUUUACUUCUUAGUUUGAUAGUUUAUUAUAUAUUUAUCUUUCGACAAGUCCAACCCAAGUUUAUGAAGAAACUUAAUGGGUCUAUCGAAAAUUUCUUCAAUUUAACCAAAUCAGACAUUAAUAUUGAAACGUAA